AUGAUCGGCCCAAGGCUCCAUUCAUAUGAUCCAUUCCGCAACACUCAACAAUCCAACUUCCGUCAUCGCAAGUCUGCUCACUCAGACAUCGCCGUUGAGAACCUAUGGAGAGAUGAGAACCCUUUCAGAUACGAGGCAUUCCUGCUGUUCGACGAUCUCGAUCGCACACAGUGGUCACGAAGGACAUCCGAGUCGCGGGACGCAUAUACCGCGCUGAAAGCGCACUAUCUGAAAUACAUUGAGCAUCCAGAUGAUUUGCAGUCAACAAUCGACCCACUAGCGGAUGAUGAAGAGAUGAGAGCGGAUAUAUCCCAAGAUGUUGAUCGAUGCUUACAAGAGAAUUUCUUCUUCCGUGAGCCCGCCACCAAGGCGAAAAUGAUUGAUAUUCUGUUUAUCUACGCAAAGUUAAACCCGGAUCUUGGUUAUCGACAAGGCAUGCAUGAGCUAUUGGCGCCUAUUCUGUGGGUUAUUCACGGAGAUGCCGUCGAUGGGAAGGUACAUGAAGAGCCCUCAGCUAAGGAAGAGGGCGAUGAGUUGAUGCUGCAGCUGCUCAAUGCUGACUAUGUUGAGCACGACUCUUUCGCGUUGUUUUGCUCGGUUAUGCAAACAACUCGAGUCUACUAUGAGCAUAGCAAGGAACGCUCUGCCAACGGUCAGAUGGAUACGAUACCCAUUGUCAACCAAUGUCAGCACAUUCAUCACAACCUCCUGACGACAACAGACCUGGAGUUGGCCGAUCACCUACAAGCGCUGGAAAUUCUGCCUCAGAUCUUUCUCACUCGGUGGAUGCGUCUGUUAUUUGGUCGUGAAUUUCCAUUUCAAGAUGUACUUUCCUUGUGGGAUCUCCUCUUUGCAGAGGGAUUGCGAUCGGAGCUUAUAGAGUUCAUAUGUGUUGCAAUGCUGCUACGCAUUCGGUGGCAAUUACUGGGUGCCGAAUAUUCGAGCGCUCUGACGACCUUACUUCGCUAUCCUUCCCCGCAACCGCAAUCACCACAGUCCUUUGUGCAUGAUGGCCUGUAUCUGGAGCAAAACCCCACACCAGAAAGAGGCAGGUUUCUCAUCUCAAAAUACUCGGGAAAGCCACCCGAUCCUACGAAGACGCUCGAUAGGUCAGGUGAAAGAUUUCUUUCACUGAAACGAUUCCAGUUGCGCAGCGACUCCAGAGAGGACAGCCAAACAAGCUCUCCUUCAAGAUCACCCGCGAGGGGUAGUCCCAAGAGCUUCGAAGGUCUACUCCAGGAUUUCUCCGAAGGUCUUCAGCGACGGACUGAAUCAUGGGGUGUAGCCAAAGCAGUCCGAGGUGCAGUCAACGAAGCUAGGAGGAAUAUGCAGGCGAUGCAGCCGGAGAGGCUCCCGCGUACUACCUUGUAUGAUAGCAACCCAACCGUGGUGCAUACAAGGAACUUGUCGAAAUCUGAGGAGCCAGAAAGGGUCAUCAAUCUCAAAGCUCAGAUACAAAUCUUGGAAGAACGAAACAAAUCACUUGCGAAGACACUCAGUCAAGCUCUGAACGACAUACGCGCUCAAUUGAUGAAAGCAGAAGAUCUCGAGACCACGACUGCGGACGCCCUGAGACAAGCUCUCACGCAGGUUCAGUCGGUUCAGACAUGCCUGGAAGACCCUUCCAAGGCUUUGAACACUGCUGCCGGACGUAAGAGUGCGGCUAAUGAUAUCUCUCUGAGAGUCCCAUCUGAGCUUCCCAUAUCCACGGAGAAGAAGGUCGAAGAAAAUGUGGCAAGAGAAGGGCAGCAAGCCCUAAGCGAUCCUGACAGGCCAUCUGUCGCAGUGGAGACUAAGCUUCACAAGUUGCCAUCAAGUAACAAAAUGCCUUCAUCACUGCCAUUAAGACACGCAGCUCGCCCAUCUCUGGCAGAUUCCGAGUUCUCUUGGAUGCUUGGUGGUAACCGACAUCUUUCCAGUUUUGUCAGCCCGGCCUCGGUACCGCCGGAGCAGACUCGACACGGUGACACAAGGAAUAAACCCCAUACACUGUUUGGCAAUGGAGCAGAUGAGCAGAAAAGCUCUCAGGAUGAGCUCGACAGUCUGGCCUUGCGGAGUCUUCGGGGCACCAAGGGUCAAGAUCAAGGAAGCGAUAGCACGCAUUAG